GUUCACAGUUUAAAGUGUUGUGCAGGGCUUUGAAAAUUGAACCUGGUGACGCACCAUAGCCAGAACUGUCUGCACAUCACUCCAUUGUGCUGCAUUGCCUUGAGAGAAGGUAUCAGUCUGCUUUCAUGUGCGUCCCGGUCUGAUACUGUGAUCAGCACUACUGUUCAAGUCCAAGCGGGGUCGAUCCUGUUCAUCGGCGUGCCCUGAGCCGAGCCGAUCUUGCAGUGGUGGUGGGCGCUCAUUCGGUGGCAGUCACAUUGCGCCUGUGUGAUGCCACUCUGUUAGUAGAGCUUGCUGAUCUCGGUCCCAUUACGCAUAAGCAUAAUGUCAGCCCAGCAGCGGAUCGCGGUGGUUGGCAGUGGGGUGGCGGGCCUGGCCGCAGCGUGGGCUCUGGUGGAUGCGGGGCACAGAGUGGUUCUCUAUGAGAAGGACUCCCAUGUCGGGGGGCACGCCUGGACGCAGACGGUGGAUGGCCACGCCGUCGAUGUGGGCUUCAUGGUGUUCAACCGCGUGACGUAUCCGAACCUGGUGCGCUGGUUCGAGGAGGCUGGGGUGGAGACGGAGGUGUCGGACAUGUCGUUUGCGGUGAGCCUGGACGGCGGCAAGGGCUGCGAGUGGGCCAGCACCGGGCUGGCGGGCCUCUUUGCGCAGAAGCGCAACCUGGCCAACCCGCACUUCAUCCUCAUGCUGCGCGAGAUGCUGCUCUUCCACACCGACGUCCUGGCCUACCUCGCCCGCCUCGAGGCCGCCGACCCCGCGCUGGACCCCAAUGAGACGCUGGGCGCCUUCCUGGCCGCGCGGCGCUACUCCGCCAAGUUCCGCGACUGCUAUCUGGUGCCCGUGUGCGCGGCCAUUUGGUCGUGCGGCGCGGAGGGCGUGCUGGGCUGCUCCGCGAGCGCCAUCCUCAGCUUCCUGCGCAACCACCACAUGCUGCAGAUCUUUGGGCGCCCUCCCUGGCUGACGGUCACCAACCGCUCCCAGACCUAUGUGGCCAAGAUUGUGGCCAAGCUACAGGCUGCGGGGUCGGAGAUCAGGUUAAGCACGCCCGUCACAAGCGUGGAGCGCACUACAUCAGGAGUGGUGAUCACUGAUGCGGCCGGCGCAACCGCGACAUUUGACCGCGUGGUGAUGGCGGUGCACGCACCGGACGCUCUCACGCUGCUGGGCAAGUCCGCCAGUUCGGCGGAGCAGCACAUCCUGGGGGCACACACGUACAGCCAGAGUGACAUCUAUUUGCACCGCGACCCUGCGUACAUGCCCCGCAACCCCGCCGCCUGGAGUGCCUGGAACUUCCUGGGCAGCCCCGCCGGGAAAGUCUCUGUCACCUACUGGCUCAACAAGCUGCAGAACCUGGGCGACACGGGCGCCCCCAUCUUGGUGACCCUCAACCCGCAGACCCCCCCGGCCCACAUCGUCUCUCAGUGGACCACCAGCCACCCCGUCCCCAGCCCUGCCGCGGCAGCCGCUUCCCGGGCUCUACCCUCCGUCCAGGGUCAGGACCGCAUCUGGUUCUGCGGGGCCUACCAGGGGUACGGCUUCCACGAGGACGGCUUCAAGUCGGGCCUGGUCGCUGCCAAGAGCCUGCUGGGCGUCCCGUUCGCCCCGCUGCCGUACCCGCGCCAGAUGGCGCCCUCCUGGGCCGAGUCCGUGGCCAAGGCCGCCGUGCUGGCCUUCCUCCGCCAGUUCGUGCACCUGGGAGCGCUGCGGCUGUUCGAGGACGGCGGCUCCGUGUACAGCUUCGGGCAGGCAGCGGGAGACAUCAGCGCAAAGCAGGCGCGCGAUGGCCGCCACUUUGUGGUUGGUCUGCGCAUCCACGCGCCGGCCUUUUACUGGAAAGUGGCCACGCGCGCGGACCUGGGCAUUGCGGACGCGUACGUGGACGGCGACUUCACGUGCCUCCCGGACGUCAUGGACUUCCUCAUGCUGCUCGUUGUCAACCGCGACCGCACGCGCCGCCCCGGCCAGGUGCGCGCCAAGAAGAGGGGGUGGUGGAGCCCCGCGCUGCUGACGGCGGCGGUGGGGUCCGGGGCGUCGUACGUGCGCCACCUGACCCGCAAGAACACGCUCUCCAACGCGCGCCGCAACAUUGCAGACCACUACGACCUGAGCAACGCGCUCUUCUCGCUGUUCUUGGACGAGACGAUGACGUACUCGUGCGCCAUCUUCGCGUCCCCGCACGAGCCGCUCAAGGACGCCCAGCUGCGCAAGCUGCACGCAAUGAUCGACAAGGCGCGCAUCACGUCGUCGCACCACGUGUUGGAGAUCGGGUUCGGGUGGGGCAGCAUGUCGAUGGAGCUGGUGCGCCGCACGGGGUGCCACGUGACGGGCAUCACGCUGAGCGAGCAGCAGCUGCAGCUGGCCACUGCGCGCGUCAAGGCCGCGGGGCUGCAGGCCAAGAUCUCGUUCAUGCUCUGCGACUACCGCGCGCUGCCCGGCAUCGGCACCUUCGACCGCAUCGUCUCCUGUGAGAUGCUGGAGGCGGUGGGCCACGAGUUCUACCCCGACUUCUUCCACCACUGCGACCGCCUGCUCGCGCCCGACGGCAUCAUGGUCGUGCAGGUGAUCACGACGCCGGAGGAGCGGUAUGAGGAGUACCGCUGCAGCUCCGACUUCAUCAAGGAGUACAUCUUCCCCGGCGCCUGCUGCCCCUCCCUCACAGCACUGAUGCAGGCCAUGACCACCCACUCCAACCUCUGUGUGGAGGGCGUGGAGAACAUCGGGGUGCACUACGUGCCGACGCUGCUGCGCUGGAGGGACACCUUCCACGAAAAGCAGAGCGAGAUCGAGGCGAUGGGGUUCGGCCCCAAGUUCGUCCGCACGUGGGACUACUACUUUGCAUACUGCGCAGCCGGCUUCCAGACCCGGACCAUCGGCGACCUCCAGAUCAUCUUCUCGCGGCCGGGCAACACGAGUGGCCUGGGCGUCGUCACCAGCUUCUGACCGCAGCCAGGGCCGCGCGGCGGGGAGUGACGGAUGAGCACCUCGUGAGCCGUCAGCCCAUCGGUUCUUUGGUUCAAAGGUAAAGGUGAUUGGAACACUCUGGACAAAACGCGCAGUGGCUCUGCCAAUCCGGCCAGGGGCCGACGUGUCACGUCCAGAGUAGGUAGCACAGUAUAUUUCAUUGAACUGCUUCUCGUUUAAAUUAUUGGCCAAGAGCUCCCGUACCAGUGCUUCCGUCGAAGUACACACACAGGGAUAAAACGAGAAUAUGAUGAACCUGGUGUUACUGGAGCACUUUACAGGGGGUCAGGGCGGGUUGGCAAGAUACGCUGCAAGAUUGUUAGCGCCCUCAGACCGCAGGUUAGUUGAUCAAAAUUGGCUGAUGGCCUAGGUACGUCCGCUCACAGAAGACUCGCUUUCUUCCCUCUUAAGGGUUAGGAUGUUGGGCGUCGCCAACAUGGCAGAAGUCCAAAUCGCACUGCGGCUCUCUUCCUGAGGUCUCAGUCGAGCACUGUGAUGAGUCCGUGAUAAUUGAGUAGUUCAUUCCAUC